CUGACCUCUGUCUGGACAGUGCUGAUUGGCCCUGUUCUGAUCAUAUGCGCUCUCCCAAGAAAAAAAAAAAAAAUCUUUAGCAAUACACACCAAACUGAGCAUGUGUCGAGUGACACCACACAAUCUGUCUUAUCAGGAGAUAAGAGGGGGACACUGGAAGAAGGGGAGCAUCAGAGAAGUCAUGAUCAAACAGUCUUUUUUACAUAAUUUAGAUGAUUAACCCCUUAGGUUCCACUGUGAGUAUAACAAGCAUGCUGUACUACAUAUACAGACUGAUUUUACUGUUGUGGGUUUAGUAACACUU